CCAGGCAUCUUGGAUGGGCGGAUGUCUCCAGCUAUUCCACGCUACCAAGCUUUGUGGCGAUGGGGAGAAGCGUCCUUUACCAAGCCAUGGCUGGGUGUGGGCGCGUAGGAGGGAGCAUGACCCAGAGCAGCCGUCUUCCUCCCGGUCAUGAUUCGCCCAGUCAACGUCCCAGUCUCAGGAGUGCGGAGAGCCGACGUGCAGCUCCUGCCUGGGGUGUCCUCAGCUCGUCCGAUAUUUGACCGACGCAGGUGAUUAUUUAUGAAAAGAGCUCUCCGUCACGUUCGACCACCCCGGCACAUUGGCUAUGAGCUUCCGAAGCACAAGAGUACACGUCCCAACCAGGAGGGGGCUCCCCAGAGCCUUCGUGGUCAGCGAUAAUACCAUCUUAACACCACCCUCCGAUGAUAUUUUCAUCACCUAACCAUUUUUUUUUUGGCCCCUUCGAGGCUUCUACUCCCCGAGACAUGGCUAACGAAUCCGAGAACCGACGAGUGUCCACCGUGGGGAGCACGUCAGGCGUCCUCCACCAGCGAGCGCCACUAUACCAAAUAUUUGUGGUGAAUCUGGUGAUGGUGGCUUUAUUCGGUUGUGUUGGCAAAGCGUCUGCCGUCCGUGGUUGGGGACUCGGGUCACAACUCAUCUCCGGGCCUUACCACCAGAACGGAAUAAUAAUGAAAAAAUUCGCAACAAAAAAAAAACAAAGAACGCACUUGAACCCAAAGAGGGAAAGGACUCAAAGGAGUCUGGCACGGGACGGCAGAGAAGACUCAAACACGAGGUGGGAAGAGAGACUAAAACAAAGAGAGCAGGGGUUGGGACUGGCCAAAGGUCGAGCGAGAAUCCGCGAGCUGCAUGGAUAACCUGAUGGCCUGCCCAAUAGCGUCCGACAUGCGGUGAUUUACCUACCACGAAGGAU